AUCAUUCCGCGACUGACGUAGAAGAGGAAGCCUUCGUUUGCAAGAGCGAAAAUGGCCCCAUCACCUACUAAGCGGAAGGAUCGCUCCGAGGACAAGGCGAAGGAUCGGGGGAAGGAGAAGACCGGCGCAAAGGAGGGAGCGGACAAGGAGAGAGGCCGGGAGAAGGGCCGCAAGCGCCGCAGUGCCUCCGCGGGAACCAGCAGCAGCAGAUCUCGCUCCAGCUCCACCUCCAGCACCAGCUCCGGCUCCAGCUCCGGCUCCUCCAGCGGGUCCAGCUCCUCCUCCGCCUCCAGCCACUCCGGCUCCUCCAGCUCCUCUCGCUCUUCCAGCUCCUCCAGCUCCUCCCGCUCCCCCAGCCUCAACCGCCGUCGCCACGACAACCGCCGCCGCUCCCGCUCCAAGUCCAAAUCGCUGAAGAGAGGAGAUGAGAAAGAACGCAAGAGGAGGAGCCCGAGCCCCAGGCCCACCAAGAUCCACCUGGGCCGACUGACCAGGAACGUCACCAAGGAUCACAUUCAGGAGAUUUUCGCCACGUACGGGAAGAUCAAGAUGAUUGACAUGCCGGUGGAUAGGCUCCACCCACACCUGUCGAAGGGCCACGCCUACGUGGAGUUCGAGACUGCGGACGAGGCAGAGAAGGCUCUCAAGCACAUGGAUGGGGGUCAGAUUGACGGACAGGAGAUCACAGCCUCGGCCGUCCUGGCUCCUCGGAUACGCCCCGCCCCCCGGCGUCUCUCGCCCCCCCGCAGAAUGCCCCCCCCUCCGCCCGUGUGGCGUCGCACUCCGCCCCGCAUGAGGAGAAGGUCCCGGUCCCCUCGCAGACGGUCCCCGGUGCGACGACGCUCACGGUCCCGUUCCCCCGGCCGCAGACGACACCGGUCCCGCUCCAGCUCCAACUCGUCCCGUUAGAGCCACCGCCCUGCGUCACCCAGCCCUCCAUCUCUCCCCAAAUCUGUACCUCCCCCUCUCUCUCCCUCCCUCCCUCCCUCACUCACUCUCCAUCCUCCCUUACUGCUUACGUCUCCUGCAUUCUCUGCCUCUCUCUCUCUCUCUCUCAUCCUUCACUCUCUUUCUCUCAGUCCUU